AUGGCACCACGCGCCAAAGCCGCGCCGCAACGAGCAGGCGCCGACGACAGCGAAGACGACCUCGCGACUACCGCCAUUCACUCCGAGACGACGCGCAAAACCGCCAUGCCGAAAGCAAAGACUGCCGCAACGAAAGCCGCACCGAAGCGCAAAGCACCGGCGAAACAACCGCGACAAGCUCUGAAAGAUCGCACGAAUAUCCAGGACGAGACCGAGGACGCGUUAGACGAGGAAGAAAUGGCGCCCAAGACCAAGCGCGCAAAGACUACAAAGACAGCGACGCGAAAGAAUGCGGCCGCAGAAGAUGAAGAGCCAAAGAAGGCGCCGGCGAAGAGAGGGAGACAGACGAAGCGGGCCCCGUCGCCAGAACCGCUCAUGACGAUACCAGAGACUCAGCAGGAUCCGGAGCAGUUUGACGAUGUGGAGCAGUCGAUUGAGGCAGACCCCGAGAACAUGGAUAUUGAGAAGGAGCCCACGCCGAGGCAAGUGCAGAAGUUCUUCCAGCGUGCGCCAUCGGUACCACUCCAGCCUCUUCAGCCGCGACCGAGUGCACGACCCGGUGUGCGAUCUGGAUCGGCCCAGCCAGCGUACUCUCGCGCCCGCAGUGGGAGUGCCAGUGGCAAUGAGCGACGAGGCGGCGACCCAGAGCUAAGGAGGCAGCUGAACGACCUGACGAAGAAGUACGAGAACCUGCAGCUGAAGUACGAGAGCCUGGAGGAUGUCGGCAAGACGCAGGCAGAGUCCAACUUUGACAAGCUGAAGCGGGCGAGUGAUCAGAAGGCGAGAGAUGCUCAUGACUUGAUUACAUCGCUCAAAAAAGAGCUGGCGGAACUCAAGAAAUCAACCUCAACCAACUCCUCAGAAACAACCGGCCUCCAAAAGCAAAUCACAACCCUCACAACCACCAACGACAAACUAACCACCGAGCGAGACGACCUCAAAUCCAAACUCCAAGUCUCCCAAAACGAAACCAAAUCCCUCGAAGCGAAACUCGUCCAAGCGCGCCAACAACUCUCCACUUCCACUCAAGAAGCCAAAGCCCAAGCCGACAGGAAAACCAACCUCCCAGCCACCGGAGGCGACGCCCAAAAGGAAGCCAAAAUGAAAGAAAACCUCUACGCAGACCUCACAGGCCUCAUCAUCCGCGGCGUCAAGCAACGAGAAAGCGAAGACGAAUACGACUGUAUCCAAACAGGUCGCAACGGCACCCUACACUUCCACCUCUCCAUCGCCAACGACACCACGACCCUGCACCCCAAAACCCCCUCGAACCUCAGCUACGAAGACGCCGAAUUCGCCUACGAGCCCCUCUUGGACGAGUCCCGGGACCGCGAGCUCCUGGAUCUGCUCCCCGAUUACUUGACCGAGGAGAUAUGUUUCCCGAGGAAUCACGCGCAGAGGUUUUAUGGUAAAGUGGUGGAUAGUAUGACGAAGAGGAUUGUUGUGGAGGAGGAUGAGUGA